CGCUGCGUUACGGUCAAACAAAUUCAUUCAUCUAUCAUUCAUCGUUCAUUCAGUGACUUUUAGUGUAGUGCGGGCGCUAUGGCCCGGGUGUAAUGGAAUCAUAUGACGAAGACAGAGACUAUACAGGGCUUAUUAUGCAUGAGGGUCGCAAGGAGGACCCGUUCACGUGGGAGUCGUCAGUGAGGCUUACUCUGUUGGGAAGAGAGGAGGAACUCGGGAUGUACUUGGAGGAGAGGGAGGGUCGCAAGAGGAAGUGGCAUCAGGGUGACGCCGACAAAACUAUGCGGCGGGAGGACGCCGACGAGAAGGAGCCCAGGAAGGUGCCGCCAAAGAAAAUUAUGGCGUCCCUGGGGGAGAUGGGCGGCAGCGGCACGAGCUCGUCCUCCUCGCACCUCUCCCCCGGCUGGCAGGUCAACGACCUCGAUCUAGAUCUGCCCGGAGAGCUGUCCAUGAACGAGGCUCUGUUGUCGCUGCCGUCGCUGUCGGUGUUCAAGCAGGAGGCGCCGUCGCCGACGGGUGCCGUGCUGUCUCCGCCGCGCCGCGCCUGGCCCUGCGCACGACGAAUCGACGACAGACAGAUAACCAGCAUGGUGGUGGACAGCGUGAACCGCGAGGGUAUGGAGGAAGGUUCCUGCCAGCAGUCUCCGCCGCAUAACAACGCCAUCAUGCCGCACCAAUCUGGUAGUCCGGAGAUGCAGUGCCAGGCCAUGCAGGCAGGCGCACUGGUGCCUAUGUCCGGUUACCACUCGCCCGGUAUACACGAGAAUAAGAAUCCAGGUCUGCUGAUGUGUUCACCUGUCAGUUCUCUGGAUGGGUUCCUUCACUCGCCCAUACAACGAAGUGAGCCCAGCUUCAAGGAUGAUACCAGGUUCCAGUACGUGUUAGCUGCAGCGACAUCUAUCGCAACCAAACAAAACGAAGAGACACUCACAUAUCUCAACCAGGGUCAGCCAUAUGAGAUAAAACUCAAGAAAUUAGGAGAUCUGUCACACUAUAAAGGAAAGAUACUAAAGAGCGUGAUAAAGAUCUGUUUCCACGAGCGGCGAUUGCAGUACAUGGAGCGAGAGCAGAUCGCCCAGUGGCAUGCAGAUCGCCCCGGAGAGCGCAUCGUAGAGGUGGAUGUGCCACUGUCGUACGGUGUGAUCAGAGUGGAGCACCCGGCCAGCCUCAAUGCUCUCCACGUCUUGUGGGACCCCACCAAGGAUGUUGGAGUUUACAUCAAGGUGAAUUGCAUAUCUACGGAGUUCACAGCGAAGAAGCACGGCGGAGAGAAGGGAGUACCAUUCCGUAUACAGGUGGAGACUUACCUCGCAACUGAUGACGUCACACGACUGCACGCAGCCGCUUGUCAGAUUAAGGUGUUCAAGCUGAAGGGUGCUGAUAGGAAGCACAAACAGGACCGUGAGAAGGUGCUGCGUCGGCCGCGAGCAGACCACGACAAGUACCAGCCUGGGUGUGAUGCCACCGUCCUCACCACGCUGUCAAAUGACGCCAUGAUGCCACCACCCUCUCUGGUCACCACUUCUCCUCCGUACUCUCCGGAAUUGUGUUUGGCCCCUAAAUCUGUUACAAGUCCUAUGGUUGUGAAUAAACCUGCAUUGCAACAACCUGCUAUUCUUGCUACAACAAACCAGAUGAAACCACUGUACUGUCAAGAUGGUGGGGAUGUGAAAGUGAGCACUCCGCCGUGCCACUCGCCCGACACCAUCUUGCCUGACCUGCCGCAGCCCGCAGAGGAUCCUGAUAAGAGUGGCGGUCUGUCGAAGGAGGCGUCGUCUGCUGAGACGCAGGCGUGGUUGUCGCGGCACCGCUUCUCCCAGCAUGCCCCUACAUUUGCCAACUUCUCCGGAGCUGAUCUGUUGCGGUUGUCCCGUGAUGACAUUAUCCAGAUCUGUGGCCUAGCUGACGGGAUACGUCUAUUUAAUGCUUUGCAUGCAAAGCGCAUAGAGCCCCGGCUGACUGUGUACGUGUGUCCGGCGGGCGGCGGAGUGUACAGCGCCCUCUACCUGCACGCGUGCAGUGCGCGAGACUUGCUGCACAAGCUGCGUCCCCUGCUGCAUCCUGCACACAGCAGCCCAGCUGACAAGGACGGUGAGACGGUGCUGGUGCUGGGUCCUAAUGGUGCUCGCGUACGUCUGACGGAUGAGCUGGUGCGGCACAUGCCUGACCACAGCACAUACCGUCUGCAGCGCCUCGACGAUGGCACCUUGCUGCUCAGUGCUACAGACAACUGACUCCGUGACGUCGCGUUAAUGACAACUUGACGUCGCGUCAGCUACAACAUGACGUCACGUCAGUGUAAAGACAACGUAACGUCAACAAUCUUGAGCUAUAAUAUAAAAGCAAAAAGUGUUAUUUCCAAGCAAUGACCUAUUUAAUAAGAUCAGUGGUUCUUCGUAUAUAGUUUUUGCCACUUUAUAAGUUUUAAUGUUAUGUUUACAAUAACUUGUGUUAUAACUUAAGUUUAAUGGCAUUAAAGCCUUUAUUUUGUUGUCUUUUCUAAGAAUCUAGUUAUAAU